AUGAGAAUUGAGAAGUGCUACUUUUGCUCUAGUCCAGUUUACCCUGGUCAUGGUAUUUAAUUUGUCCGUAACGACUCUAAGGUCUUUAGAUUCUGCAGAUCAAAGUGCCAUAGACAUUUCAAGGCCAAACACAAUCCUAGAAAGAUGAAAUGGACAAAGGCUUACAGAAAGGCUCAUGGUAAGGAAAUGCUCAAAGACUCCGUUUUUGACUUCGAAAAGAAGAGAAACGAGCCCGUUAAAUACAAUCGUGAGUUAUAUGUUAACACAAUCAGAGCCAUGAAGAGAAUUGAAAAGAUUAAAUAAACUAGAGAAGAAAUAUUUAAGGAAAAUAGAUUAAAACUUUCAAGAAGAGUUAAAUAACAAUAAAUUAAGAAAGACCUUGAAAAGCAUGCUACUCUUAUCCCUGAAGGUCCAGUUAAGCAUACCAUUGAAGAACAACUUAAAGAAAAGCACCAAGAAUUAGUUAAGCAAAAUUUAGCAGCCAGCUUAAAGGCUAAAAAGAAUAAAUAAGUCCCUAAAAAUGAUGGUAUGGACGAAGAAAGUAAUGAACUUUCUGAUUGA